GCCCUCAUCACGAGCGUCUCAUCCUCUUCUUCGAUCUCCUCUACGUCCCAGCCUUUCAACUGGUUCUGAACGCUCCGUUUCCACCCCCGUUGCGAGCCCCCCUCUCUCGUCUCGCGCCAGUGGCGCUUCUGUUCCCGCACCAUGGCCCACCAAUCCCCCCUCAUCUCCAUCCCGCGCAAGACGACAACCGACGCCGACUGGGCUGGCCCGAUCCGGUCGACGAUUGCGCAUUCGUUCGGCGAGUCGCCUGACUCGUACGCGGAGGAGAUCGCCACUCUCCAGCGAUGCAGGCAGGAUGCAGUCCGCGGCGCUGGGUCCGACACGACUGCGCGCGACCUCCUCUACAAGUACUUCGGCCAGCUUGAGCUGCUCGAGCUGCGGUUCGCCGAGGUCAAGGUGUCCUUUGCGUGGCAUGACGCUUUUACGAACAAGCUUACUACCCAAACCUCCCUCGCCUUUGAGAAGGCUUCCAUCAUUCACCUCCUCGCCAGCGUACUCUCCUCUCUAGCUGCUUCACAGUCCCGCGCCGACCCCGAAGGCCUCAAGCGAGCAUACUUCAACUGCCGCGCUACCGCCGGCAUGCUGACCUACAUCAACGAGAACUUCCUCCACGCCCCCUCGACCGAUCUGAGCCGAGAUGUUGUGCAUCUUCUCAUCAACCUCUCCCUCGCACAGGCAACCGAAGUGUUUAUGGAGAAGCUCGUGGACGAGAAGAAGGCGGCGGGGCUCAUCGCGCGCACGGCCAACCAGCUCGCGACAAUGUACACUGCGCUCUCGGACGAAAUCAAAGAGUUCAUGGGCAAGGGCGUGUUCGACCGGACGUGGAUGCGCCUCAUUGAGGCCAAGGCCAAGCUCUUCUCCUCCAUCGCACAGUACCAAAAGGGCAAGGCCGACUCGGCCAGUGGCAAGCACGGCACAGCGCUCGUGCGGUUCAAGAAGGCCGACGAGGACGCCAAGGACGCGGUGCGCAUUGCCCAGGGAUUUGCGUGCCAGCUGGACUCUGGCAACGAGCCCACGCUCCCCAACGACGCGGGCACGUCCAUCGUCGAGAUAGCCAAGGCGCACGCCGCUGUCGUCGAUGAGGAAAAGAAGCAGGCCAUAAGGGACAACGAUCUCAUCUACCACGAUGUGCUGCCCUCCGAGGCGGCCCUCCCGCCUAUCGACAAGCUUCCAGCUGCCACGCCAGUCGUCAUCCAGGAGGUGUACCAGAACCCAGAUGUGUCCAAGCUCAUCGGGCCGGACAUCUUUGCCCGUCUCAUCCCGCUCGCCGUUCACGAAUCGGCGUCGGUGUACUCGGAGGAGAAGGCGAAGCUAGUGCGCGCGGAAGUCGAGCGCGUCGAGCUCUCUGAGGGGGAAGUGCGUGCUGCGCUCGAACAUCUCGGUCUGCCGGCUGCCGUGAACGCGUGGCGCAGAAUGGCCGACGGCGACGACGCGGACGCGGACGUUGAGGUGUCCUCUGACGUCGUGCGCAUGGCUGGCGACAUCCAGCGCUCGGGAUCGACGGACGCGCGUGUACGUAAGAUCGAGGGCGAACGGCAGCGCGUUGAGCGCGAGCUGCAAGAGCUCUCUGGCCAGCUUGACAAUGAGAGCCGAGAGUGUGAGCGCGCACGCGCCAAGUACGCCCCAAACUUUACGCAGUCGCCGAGCGGGCAGCAGACCGCCUCGUUCCGGCAGACAAUCACCGCGAACCUCUCGGCCAUCUCGAACGCGGCGUCGAGCGAUGCACAGCUCGCCAAGCUGUGGGCUGAAAUACAGCCUGACAUGGCUGUGUUGCAGGCGGGUCCUGAAGCACUGAGAGCUCAGGCUAAGGACGUGGCGCUGGGCAAGACGGAGACGGUCAAACCUGCGCCGGGCGAGAGCCUCCUCGAUCUCGCCGACGAGGAGCAGGCACGGCCGCGACUCGAUGCGGCGGAGGCAGAGGCGCUGCGCUCGGCGGCCAAGGAGGCUGGAGACAAGCUCGACCGCCUCUCCAAGAUCCGGAAGGAGCGCGACGAGGUGCUCAAGGAUCUCAAGCUGAAGAUUCAGAGUGACGACGUGUCCAACCUGCUUCUUCUGAACCGGCGCAGCAGCAACGUCGAGCCGCAGCUUUUCGCGGCCGAGCUCGAGAAGUUCCGGCCGUACCAGAGCCGUCUGGGAUCCGCCUUGAGCGCGUGCAAGACUCUGACGACCGAGCUCGAGAGUAUCGUGCAGCGGGUCGAGCGCGGGCGAGGCGUUCGUGAGCGCAACCGCGGCGCAAAGGAGAAGGCAGCACGGGUGAAGAACUGGGAACGGCGACUGCAGCGCGCAGGCGCCUCCCACGCAGAAGUUGUUGACGGCCUCGCCCGCGCCGAGGCCUUCUACACCUCAAUCGACGCCGUCCUUGCCGAUCUGCGCCGCGAGAUCCGCUCGUUCUUGGGGGCUCGCGACAGCGAGCGCAACAAGAUGGUCAGCGACAUCGAGAUGCGCAAUCGCAUCGGCGGCAGCGUGCGCUCGACGUCCAGCUCGGCGUCCCCACCUCUACCACCCCCGGCGCCCGGCCUGUCGUCCCAGCUCGCUGGCCUCUCUCUAGGCUCGAGCUAUUCGUCGCCGCCAAAACCGCAGUCACCAACCAACCCGUACGACUUCGGCUCCCUCUCUUCCCUCCCAAGCGCAUUCAGCACCGCCCCGACCUCGGCCCCUCGCCCCUCCUCGCCGCCCAAGUCCUACGGCGCUCCGUCCGCCCCCUCGCCGCCCGCAAAGCCCUCGUAUCCCUCGUUCCCUAGCGCGCCCAGCGGCUCCCCGUACCCUGCGCCCCCACCGCCUCAGCCGCAGCGGCAGUACUCGUCGUCGGCGCAGGCACCAUACCCGCCCGCGCGUAGCCAAUACCCGUCCCCUCCCAGCCAGAACGCAUCGUCGCCGUAUGCGCCGCCCGCCUCCUUUGGCCAGUCGGCAUACCCACCACCGCCGCCGCCCUCGCGCCCUUCGUAUCCCCCUCCCAGCGGGUACUCGUCGCCGUCCCCGCCGCCAGCUCAGCAACCAUCGUAUGGAGGGUACGCAGGAUACUCGUCGCCCCCUGCACAGUCGCCGGCCUCGCCGUACCCGGCGCCGCCCCAGCGACCAAGCUACGGAGGGUAUGCCCCUCCAAGCCAGCAGCCACAGUAUGGCCAGCCUCCCCAGCAGCCACAGUACGGGCAGCAACAGUACGGCCAGCCGCCGCAGCCUCAGUACGGGCAGCAACCACCGGCUCAACAAUACGGCCAGCCGCCUCACCAAUACGGUCAGCCGCAGAACUACGGCGGCUACCGGUAACAAGUAGUGACUUGGUCUAGAUGCUGAUUAUGAGGCUAUGCUACGCAGUACAUGGAUC